AUGGCCGGAACUGCAGAGCCUGCUUUGCCCGAGCCGCACGAAGCUACAAGAGACCAGAACACCUUCGACCUCGAGCAACGGACCAAUACUGAGCAAGCCGAACCAAAGACGAAACUCGGCGUGCUCAUCGGCUCUGGACUGAUCCAGCUUCCAAUAUGGGGCUUUGCGAUGAGCUACGGUGUGUUCCAGGAGUACUACUUCGACAACUGGACAUUUGAAGGAGACCGCAGCAUCACCGGGGUUAUCGGCACGACCGCCAACGGGGUGAUGUACCUCUCGAUGCCCUUCCUCUUUGCAAUUUUCACCCGACGGUGGGCUCAUCGGCGCCAGCUUGCCACACUAUGCGGUACAGUCAUCGCAUGCACCAGUUUCUUUCUCUCCGCGUACAGCACCACGGUCUGGCACCUGCUCGUGACGCAGGGAAUCACCUCUGCUUUGGGCACUGCCCUCAUAUAUAGCCCAAAUACGCUCUCUCUAGGCGAGUGGUAUUCCAGCAGCAACCGCGCUUUGGCAUAUGGGAUCGUGCUUUCUUGCAAGAACAUUGUUGGAACGAGCUGUCCGUUCAUGCUCCGUGCUCUGAUUGACAGGUAUGGGUAUAGGACGACGCUGAAAGCUUGGGCUGCAAUAGUGGGGGGUUUGAGUAUCUUGGCCAUGUUGUUGAUCCCGACUCAUCCCUCAAAGGUUUCGAUCCACCAAACUCGAGCGCGUAGAAUUCCCUGGAAUUUUCUGCGACACCGGUCAAUAUAUUUCUACAGCGUCGCUAUUAUUUUCCAGAGCUCUGGGUAUGGUAUUCCACAGACGUAUUUGAGUACUUACGCCCGAGACAUCGCCUUGCUGUCUCAGACCUCAGGCACGCUGAUGUUGGCUCUCUUCAACGCGCCCGGUAUCAUUGCCUCCUCUUUCUUUGGAUGGCUGAGUGACAAUAAGCGAGUGACUCUUUCAGUUCAGACUGUGUCUGCGAUCCCACCAAUCUGUUGCGCCCUUGCGACAUUUCUAUUCUGGGGCUUGACCACCCAAGGUGCCAUCGGCCUCUUGAUAGUUUUCUCCAUGACCUUUGGCUUCUUCUCUGGUGGGUAUAGCGCUACCUGGGGCGGGAUGCUGAAACAGAUGGAGCGUGAAUCUGCUGAGAGGAACGAGGCAGUAGACCCAGGAAUGCUCUACGGUCUUCUCAAUGGUGUCCGGGGAAUCGGAUAUGCGAGCGGGGGUAUUGCCGGCGUGGAAUUGCUGAAUUCUGAGGGUAUAUUGGCGAGCCAACGCUUUGCUUAUGGGACUCCGUACGGAGCCUUGAUUCUCUUCACGGGUCUUUCCUCGCUUCUUGGAGGCUGGGUCAUAUUGUGGAGGUGGAAUCCAACAAGGCUCUUGCCGUUAUUAUCGAGAGGGUAA